AUGUCGGAUGCGGAGCUCAUCGCGUUUCGCGAUCGCUGGCCGCGCGCAGCCGGGCAUCUGCUCGUCAUCCCCAGGCAGCACAUCGGGCCCGUGCUUGACUUGACCCGCGAGCAUGUCGGGCUGAAACUACUGGAAUCGCUUGCUGCGCUGGACCUCACGCGCAUGAAGGAGCGUGGGCUUGCCCUCGCACCCGGCGCCACCAAACUGGGUUUCCACAUCCCGCCGUUCUCCAGUGUCCACCACAUUCACUUGCACGUCUUCACACCGCCCUUCACAACUCUAGGCAAGUUGAUGUACCCAGUUCGCCAGCACGCCCACGGCAAGGGGUGGAGCUGGUUCGUAUCCGUCGACCAGGCGAUCACCGUUCUCGAACGUGGCGACCGUAUUCGGCUGCGCCGCUGCUAG